AUGCUGCGCAAGGUCAAGAGCAGCGAGGGCUCCCUGUCGGGCCUUGCCUUCGGCUCCAACUGGGUGCCCGCCUUCGGCAAACUGCGCAAGAGCGCCUCCAGCGGCACGAGCCUCAACAGGCGAGCGGAGCCGGACGAUGACAUCUGGGGCCAGGCGGAAGCGGAGCUCACCCUGGAGCCCAACCUUUGCCCCAAGGCCCUGCCGUUCGAGCAGCCGCCGACCUCGCCCCGCGUGCUGCUGCACUCCGGCGGCAGCGCCCGGCGCGGCAACGAAGUCAGGGCCGUGUACACACUCAUAGGCGCGGAGGGCGGCAGCACAGACAGGGUGCCCCCCAAGGCCGCGGGCACGUCCGGGGAGUCCCACCUCGCCGCGGCGCGGUCGCGCCAGCCCCUGGAUUCGAUCCUCGAGUCCCCCUCCCCGCGCCUGAGCGAGGCCUGCCGGUGCGACAUCAUGCGCUCGGCGCCGGAGCUCACGCCCAAGGCCCUGUGCGAGGCGCUGGCGAUCAACAUGCCGACCAGGGACGGCGACAGGCGGGCCCCCGCCGGCGGUGGAAUGCGCAAUCCCCGGAAUGUUGACCCACCGCCGCCGACGAACCGCACCAAGAUAAACCUCGAGAUGCGCGAGAUGCCGCGGUCGCUGCGGAAGGCGCUGAUGAUGUCGGAGCCCGUGUCGGACCACUUUUCGGACGCAACGGCGGAGGACUGGACGGUGAGCGAGGAGGGGGAGGGGGACUGGGGCCUGUGCGCCGUGGGUUCAGUCUCCGGCGCCUCGACCUCCGAGAGCUCGGAAGCUCCCCAGAAGGGGGAGCUCCAGACGGUGCUGGUGCACGCCGAUGUGGGUCAGCACGGCCGGGACGUGGGCCAGUACUCGGGGGAGCUGGGCGACGGGGACAGCUUGGCUGGAAUGUCAAUGUCCAGGGACGCGGACAGGCCCUUUCCCGAGGACGACCUGUCCUCCGAGUUCGCCUUCCCGCAGACCUUCGCCUUCCUGCAGAGCUUCGCGGCAGCGUACACCACUGGCAUGUCCCAGGCAGGAGGCCAGGCCAAUGGGGUUGUGGAUUCCUCCCCCUUUUAUGGCCUCGAUGGCGCUGGCCAGGCCAACCAAGCAAUGGAUUCAACACCGUUUUACGGCCACAAUGGAGCUGAGGCUGGCCAGGCCGGCCGAGCGAUGGACGCUGCGCCUUUUUAUGGGUCCAGUGAUGCUGGCCAGGCUAGCCGGGUGACGGAUCCAUCGCCUGUGUAUGGCUGGGCAGAAAACGGUGGAGGAAUCGGGGAGCUCAAAGCUGCCCAUGCGGCCAAGGAGGAGCACUUCGAUUCCCAGGGGAUCCAUGGACCAGCUGAAGAAGGGGUCCGCGAAGAUGGGUUCCCUGUGGUGGCCCGGAGCAACGGCGGGGAUGGCCGCUAUGGGUCCGAGGGCGAGGAGGGCGAAUACGAUGAGGACGGGGAGUUGUUGUUCGAGCUGGUGGGGGUCCAGGACGAUGACGAGCUUGACGUGCAGGACGUGUUCUUGCCUGAGGCGGAUGACGUGACGUACGCCGAGGAGGGCCAGGGCCACCUGGACGCAUGCCAGAGACCCCAGGUGUUCCCACCUGAGGAAGAAGACUAUGAGCUGUCCUCCGAAGAGGAACGACUGGACAACUGUCCGACGAUGAUGCGGGGUCCAAGAGAAGGGAGGGUGCAGACUGGAGGCGACGAUGAAUUUAACUACCAUUCAAAACCACUUAAGGGGGAGGUGUAUGAGAGCGACAGGUGUCGUGGCAGCUUUGACAGUGAUGAUGGCCCUGUGGUGGACACUGCAUUUGAUUCAGCGCGCCCGGCAUGGCGCAAAAUGGGGAGGAAGCGGGUUGGUCACUCCAGGGAUAAUAAUGGAAACGGAUGCAUGUAUGACACAGCGCACACGAUUGCGGAGAGCGACAGCAGCAAUGGGCCGCAGCAAGCAGCAUGGAUGUGGGAGAGCAGAAGCAACGAGUUUGUUGAAACGCUGCCAUCAAGAUGUACGCCAAGUCCCACCACCGUGUAUGAAAGGCAUGUGCCGAUGACAUCGUCAGCUGACAUCUGGCUGGAGGCGGCAUCGCAGUACUAUUCCACCGAAAGGUACAAUGGCACGGGCAAGGUCAAGUGCUUCGACCCGUCUGCCAUGAUCGGGGCCAUCAUCAGGAGGCUGACUGGAAGGUGCAGCAGCCGGAGGGAAGCAAACUCGCCUGAACCCAGCAGCAUGCCUCGGCUGGAUCUCACCACAACCGGAGGCUCCAGCAGCGAAGGCGACGCGACCCGCAGGUCCACGCACAGGUACGCGAAGCGUCAGUCGACGAUGCUGCAGGUCGUAGAGGAGCGCCUGGAGGACUCCGACCUCCGCGAUCGGCCAUCCCGGAGGACCUUCAGCGACGCGCACGACCGGUCCUACCGCCGGCCCGCGGUGCGCCAGGCCGCGCAGCCGGCCACAGCCAGGUCUGUGAAUAAAUCCGGAGCCUUUCACGGCGACGCGAGGUUUGCCAACAGGCACGCCUACAAGGACAGGAGCCACGGGUGCGGCUUCAGCUCCCCAGGCGGGUCGGGGUCGGAGAUUCAGAGCUGCCCGGACAUUGGCGACAAUUGCGACGUGCCCAGGCACGAGUCGAUCUGGCGCAGCGGGGGGAUUCGUGCGUAUCAGCAGCCGCGGGCGCCGGCGGAACGAGACGCAGGACGAUGGUUUUGA